UGCAAGAACAUUAGAGCUAUAGUGUUCCGCUGCCAACUAUUUGUCAAUGCCUAUCUCGUUCAUAACAAGAAUGACAUUCCUUCGAAAGUCUUCCCACAGCAAUUUUGGUAUUCCAUUGCGCAACUUAUUACGUUGAACGACAGCAUCAAAACUUAUUUUGAUGACUUUAAACAAAAGCAUCCGACAAUAGUACUUAGUCAUGGCUUCACCAAACGUUAUAGUCAUUGUCUCACAGAAGCUGCCAAGGAAAUAAGCGUUUCAUAUACUAACUUCAUUGUUGAGCUUUUUGAGAAGCGAAUGCUUAAAUAUUUCCUG